AUGUGGAUUCAUAAUGGGGAGGGAAGAAGCAUGUCCCGUCUGUCUCUAACACGCUCCCCGGUUUCUCCUCUGGCCGCCCAAGGAAUCCCUCUGCCAGCUCAGCUCACCAAGUCCAACGCUCCCGUGCACAUCGAUGUAGGAGGGCACAUGUACACCAGCAGCCUGGCUACCCUCACCAAGUACCCAGACUCCAGAAUAAGUCGUCUAUUUAAUGGCACAGAGCCCAUUGUCCUGGACAGUUUGAAACAGCAUUAUUUCAUUGAUCGAGAUGGGGAAAUCUUCAGGUACAUAUUAAGCUUCCUAAGGACAUCUAAGCUCCUGCUCCCGGAUGACUUCAAGGACUUCAAUCUUUUAUAUGAAGAAGCAAAGUACUACCAGCUGCAGCCAAUGAUUAAGGAACUGGAGCGGUGGAAACAAGAGAAAGAACAAAGGAAACAUUUCCAGCCUUGUGACUGCUUGGUCGUAAGAGUGACUCCAGAUCUAGGGGAGCGGAUUGCACUGAGUGGGGAGAAAGCUCUCAUAGAAGAGAUCUUUCCAGAGACUGGGGAUGUGAUGUGCAACUCUGUGAACGCCGGCUGGAACCAGGACCCUACCCACGUCAUUAGGUUUCCUCUCAACGGCUACUGCCGCUUGAAUUCCGUGCAGGUGCUGGAGAGGUUGUUCCAGAAGGGCUUCAGUGUGGCAGCCUCGUGCGGCGGCGGGGUGGACUCGUCGCAGUUCAGCGAGUACGUGCUGUGCCGCGAGGACCGGCGGCUGCAGCCCACCCCCACUAUCAGGAUAAAGCAGGAGCCCCUGGACUAG